ACGCUGGGUAUGGCCGAGAUGGAGUCGGCCUCGCCGGGCUACUGCCGGGCCCUACGCCGCUUCACGGUCUGCCUGCGCGCCACGGAGCGUGCCUGCCGGGGUGACCUCACCUACCACUCCCCUGCGUAUCCUGGAGCGCAAGAUCCAGAGGCUCACUGCCAGCGGGUGAUCGCCGAGGCGGGCGAGGCGCCGCCGCCGCGGCCGCGCCGCGCCGACCACCGCCCACGCAGGCCGACGCUGCAAGAGUCGGUCUGCGCGUACCACGGCGACCCGGAGCCGGCGUUCUGCGGCCUGUUCGGCGACCCGCACGUGCGCACGUUCUCGGGCGAGUACCAGACGUGCCGCGUGCAGGGCGCCUGGCCGCUCAUCGACAACCCGUACCUGGCCGUGCAGGUCACCAACGAGCCGGCGGCCAGCGACCCCACCGCGCCACCGCGCCCCACAGAUGUCGGCGCGCCGCUGACCGUGAUUGUGAAGCGGAACGACCCGUGCACGGCGCAGCUGACGUAUGAGGCGCGGGGCGACCUGUUGCCGGCGGCGUUCGUGGACGGCGCGCUGUCGUCGGGCCGCCGCUCGGGCCACAGCGUCACCGUCUCGGCCGUGGUGCCCGGCCAGCACGUGCGCAUCACUCUGCGCCACAUCAACGCCACGCUGGUGAUCCGGCGCGUGGCCGGCCACCUGACGUUCGCGGCGCGGCUGCCGCGCGGCCUGACCGAGCAGUCGGCGGAGCGCGCGGGCCUCGAGCUGUGCUCGCGCGGCUGUCCAGCCGGCGAGCGCAUCGACUACCGACACGUGCUGAGCGCCGGCCGGCCGGUCAGCACCGUACACCGCGGCCGCGCCGCCGUGCUGACGCGUGACGUCAUCGCCGACAUGUGCCGCGAGUACCGCGUCACCGACUUCUACUUCGACGCCUGGUGGCGGCGCCUGACGCCGCGCCGCAACGCCGUGCUCCCGCCGCUGAGGACGCUGCUGCUGCUGGCGCUGGCGCUGGUGCUGCGGUGA